AUGGCAGGAAUAGUGGAAAAGAUCAUGGGAGGAGGGAAGAAGCAGCAGGAAGAAGAAGACAAGAACAAGCACCCGGUGGAUCAGCACCAACAACAGGGUGAUCAGAAGGAGAAGUGUGGGAUCGUGGACAAAGUCAAGGACAAAGUCGGCCUAGGAGGAGGAGGAGGAGGGAAUCAAGAGGGCGGCAAGCAGGAGGAAAAGGGUGGGUUCGUGGACAAAGUCAAGGAAAAGGUCGGCCAUGGAGGAGGGAAUCAAGAGGGCAAUAAGGAGGAGGGCGGUGGUUGCAAAUAG